AUGGGUUCAGCGACCGGCAACCUCAUUGACACCUUCUUCCCCCCUCCUCUGCUGCUCUCUUCUUCCCCCCUCCUCUGCUGCUUUCUCUUCUUCCCCCCUCCUCUGCUGCUUUCUCUUCUUCCCCCCUCCUCUGCUGCUUUCUCUUCUUCCCCCCUCCUCUGCUGCUUUCUCUUCUUCCCCCCACCUCUGCUGCUUUCUCUUCUUCCCCCCUCCUCUGCUGCUUUCUCUUCUUCCCCCCUCCUCUGCUUCUUCCCCCCUUCUCUGCUUCUUCCCCCCUUCUCUGCUUCUUCCCCCCUUCUCUGCUUCUUCCCCCCUUCUCUGCUUCUUCCCCCCUUCUCUGCUUCUUCCCCCCUUCUCUGCUUCUUCCCCCCUCUUCUCUGCUUCUUCCCCCCUUCUCUGCUUCUUCCCCCCUUCUCUGCUUCUUCCCCCCUUCUCUGCUUCUUCCCCCCUUCUCUGCUUCUUCCCCCCUUCUCUGCUUCUUCCCCCCUUCUCUGCUUCUUCCCCCCUUCUCUGCUUCUUCCCCCCUUCUCUGCUUCUUCCCCCCUUCUCUGCUUCUUCCCCCCUUCUCUGCUUCUUCCCCCCUUCUCAGCUUCUUCCCCCCUUCUCAGCUUCUUCCCCCCUUCUCAGAUUCUUCCCCCCUUCUCAGAUUCUUCCCCCCUUCUCAGAUUCUUCCCCCCUUCUCUGCUGCUUCACCCCUUCUCUGCUGCUUCACCCCUUCUCUGCUGCUUCACCCCUUCUUCCUUGGCAGCAGCCCUUAGAAGCCUUGUUAGCAGCACUUUGCAGCCCUUAGCAGCUUCGUUAGCAGCCGUUAGCAGCUUCCUUAACAGCCGUGAGCAGCUUCCUUAA